AUGAAAAUCCCCAGCCAGCAAGUCCUGCUUGCUAUCCCACUGCUUGCAUCGCCAGCUCAAAGCUACCCCGGAAAACACCCCAGAUGCUCUGCCGGAGACGCAUGCUGGCCUAAGGAGCAUGUCUGGCAGGCCUUCAAUUCAACCAUCUCGGGCCGUCUGAUACGCACGUUCCCGGCAGCCGCCGUUUGCCAUACCGCCCAGUAUGAUGCCGCUGCUUGUUCUGUGGCAAAGGAGCACUGGACAGAUAGCUUCUGGCGGACAAACCAGACGGGUGCAUACUCUGCUAUCCUAUGGGAGCUCGGUGAAAAGGGACAGUGUUUCGUUAACACGACCAAGGAGGAUAGGUGUGAUCAGGGCAUUGUGCCGUAUUACUCUGUCUCGGCCAGCGGCGUAAAGGAUAUUGAGAAGGCAGUCAAGUUUGCGGAUAAGCAUGAUCUUUACCUUGUUGUGAAGAAUACUGGUCAUGACCACCUUGGUCGGUCAAGUGGCAGCGGUGCAUUUUCCAUCUGGACUCACAACCUCAAGGGCAAGGAGUGGCAUAAGUCGUUCAAGCCAAAGGGUGCUCCAUUCAAUGUCAGCGGCAUUCCGGCUGUUACACUUCAGGCUGGAGAGCAGUUACUUGAUGUCUACAAAGCGGCGGCAGCUGAAGGGGUUACGUUCGCUGGUGGUUCUGCACAGACUGUUGGAGCUGCUGGUGGCUUCAUGACCGGUGGAGGAGUCAGUCCCUUUUCUCAUUUCUAUGGACUUGCUGUCGAUAAUGUACUCGAGGUCAAUCUUGUUACUGCCCAGGGUAAGGCAAAGACUAUCAACCAGUACACUGACCCCGACUAUUUCUUUGCCCUCCGUGGUGGAGGCGGCAGUGCUUGGGGUGUGAUUACCUCUGUGACGUACAAGACACACCCAAAGCCAACUCACAUCAGAGUUGGAAUUGCCCAGCUCAAUGUCACUACCGAAGAUGCCCGCCGGGUAGUCAUCGAAAAGACCCUCCAGGCUCUCCCCGACAUCACUGAAGCCGGAUGGGUAGGAUAUGGCCUUUAUGCCACCGAGAAGACUAACCCAACAGCCUUCCAAGUCAUCUUCCUUCAGCCCAAUGCAACCAUGGAAAACUUCAACAAGACUUUUGAGCCCAUGAACAAGAUUGCAACCUUACCCGGUGUCACAGGCGGGGCUGUAUCCUAUGUGUUCCCGGAUUUCCUGGAAUACUCCAAGAAUUUCCUUCGCGAUCCCAACAUUGCUACCAACGUCAUUGAUGCUUCGAGGUUGGUAAGCCGUCAAGUUCUCACGGAACGUGCUAGUGACCUUGUCGAUCUCAUGUUUGAAUUUCCUACCACCGGUCCUGGGUUUAACUCAAUUGUCAAAGUGAACUCCGAUGAGCGAGAUAACACCUCUGUUCACUCUUCGUUCAAAGACAGCCGAGCGCUUAUCAGCUAUAGUGUUGACUGGGCGGAUAACGCUUCUGAACAGGAAAAGAAGGCAGCCAAGAAGACCUCCGCCGAAGUCUCUAAGAGGCUAGCUGAAAUUGUUGGAAAGGAGACUGGAACCUACCUCAACGAGGCAAGCCCAUAUGAGCCUGACUGGCAAAACGCCUUCUGGGGAAAUAAAUACGCCCGCCUUCUCUCUAUAAAACGGCGAAUCGACCCAAAGAACCUCUUUGUAUGCAAUCGUUGUGUGGGAACGGACAUUAUCUUGGAGCCUUGA